GUUGUGCGUGCGUACAAUUCAUAAUUGGCGGUAAUUGCACUCAGUGAUAAUUGGCGACCAGAAAUGGCAACAGAUUUAAGUGUGAACAAGUGCCCUGAACAGUACGAUACCUAUAAUUUCAGUCUGCCCGAACGGUACCGUAAAAUAGCACAAGAUGAUCUCGGUGAAACAGAUGAGAUCCGAGAGCAGUCUUUAGCGAUAAUGCGUGACUGGAUUGCCAAGCACCCUUCUAUCAAAACAUGUCGCACGGAUGCGUUGUUUCUGUUACGGUUUCUUCGAAUGCGAAAGUUUUCCAUUCCUAGAGCCCAGGAAACGUUGGAACGGUAUCUGGCAAUGCGACAAACAUUUCCUCAGUGGUUCCAGAAUCUCGACCCGCAGGAUGAAACAAUGCGAGAAUUGAUUGAUGGAAAUCAGUUUCAAAUUUUGGGUCAGGACUCAAGCGGUCGAACUGUAAUUUUGGUACAGCUGAAAAACUUUAAUCCGGACCGGUUUACAUCGACCCAGCAGACACGACAUAUGAUGUUACCUUUAGAGAUAACGUUCGAUGACGAGAAAACGCAGAUCGGUGGUUAUGUGAUUAUUUUGGACUAUGCAGACUUCACGAUGCAUCAUCUGGCCGUCUGGUCCUUGACGGAUAUUAAGAACAUUAUGGAUUGUGUGAAUCACUCGUUGCCAAUCAGAAUGCGUGAAGUCCAUGCUAUCCGAGUGCCCAGGUUUGCAGUCACCGUGGCAGAAUUGGCGAUGACUUGUCUGAGUACAAAACUGAGAAAAAGGAUAUUUUGUCACAAAUCAAUGAUGGAGGCAAAAAAACAUCUGGAUGAAUCACUAUUGACCACUGACUACGAAGGAGGUAUCCAAGAUCCGCAAGAGUUGAAAAGAAAACUGAUUGAAAGUGUCACGGAAAAACGUCACCAAUUACUGCAGCUGGACGGAAUGGAAAUCGAUGCCACAAAGUACCGAUCUAUGUGGCAUCAAACCAGCGACGAAGACAUCGAGUCGGGGGUGACUGGAAGCUUUCGGAAGCUAACUGUGGACUAAUGAUUAACUAAGUAGGAAUAGAUAAGACAGCAUCAGCUGGACUUGACACGGUUUCGGAUAAUUUAUUCGCAUUUCAAGGUUGAAUACCUACAUCGAAUAACUAUGUUGUAAGCACAGUUUUUCUAGUUUAACUGUAUUAAAUGCACUGACAGCCAGAAACUGGUUGAAAACGUAACAAUAAAACUCAAUGUUUCUGGGCCUCGUUCCAACAAAAUGCAUCGCGGUGAUCCGGUUGCCCUUUGCAACAUGUGCAAGAUAGAGCGAGAACCGUAGAGGUUUUGAUUAUGUCACACAAAAGGUAGACACCUAUCUAUGCGCCUGCAGCAGCACGUAGCCAAAAGCAAACCGAAUUUGAAUGUAACGAUCGCCAAAUUAAAUCCCCUGCGCAGACUUUAUCGACUAUCGUGGGGUGCACUAAAAACCGGUGCCGGUUCAA